GGCGGAGCUUGGAGCUGCUCCAAAAUCAUAAGAGCAUAAUAAGAAAGAUUUUGACGACGCGACGCGGUCGAGCAGCAGAAUAACUGGAAAGAAAGCCUAUGACGAGGCGGUCGAGCCGCAGUGAAUUAAUUGCCAGACCAACAUCGUGCGCAAAGAGGAAUCGCGGGCAAAAAGUCAUCAUCGACAAGCACAGCGAGCUUCUAAUCGCUAUAAUAGCAAGAAGAAAAAGAUGCCACCGACAAGGCUAAACAUUCCGCCGGUUACUCGCAUUUUACUCAUCGGCCUCGUGGUGCAGUCCCUUCUCGGCGCCGCCAUCCGCUACCGGCAGUGGUCUGCAGAGUCGGACAUCGUCAUACCGUAUCUGAAUCUGGUCCCUCAGCUUUCGCUGGUAUAUCCUUGGACCUUUGUCACCACAACGCUUGUUGAAAGCAACCUGAUCACCCUUGCGCUCGCAGGGGUCACAAUAUAUCAUGGGGGUCGCUACCUUGAGCGGGCAUGGUCGUCGCGAGAGUUUGCCAAAUUCUUGCUUGUCUGCUCGCUGAUUCCCAAUUUUCUCUGCUUCGCCAUCAUGUUUAUAUUCUUUGUGUUGACGCGCAACGAGCGCUGGACACUCACGACCAUCGGCGGCUCUGUACCUCUGCAGAUCUCUUUCCUGGUUGCGUUCAGCCAGUUAGUGCCGGCUCACACGGUGACUCUGUUCCGCGGAAUAGUCUCUCUGCGUGUGCCUCGCUUCCCGCUUCUAUACAUCGGCGUCAUCACUGCGCUCUCGCUUACGCCUUUGCUCUCGAGCACGCCAUUCUUCCUUGGGAGUUUCGGCCUCCUGACGAGCUGGACAUAUCUGCGCUUCUACAAGACGGCGUUCCCGGACCUCGACAGCUCCCAGCCAUCUUCUCUCCGCGGCGACGCGAGCGAGACUUUUGCCUUUGCCGAGUUCUUUCCUACUCCAGCAAAGCCCCUGGUGGCGGCAAUAUCGGCGCAGGUGUUCAGUGUAUUGGUCGCCAUGCGGAUCUGUGUGCCCUUUUCGCAGGCCGACAUGAUGUCCGCUGCUUCUAGAGGAAGCGGUGGUGGGGACGGAGCAUAUCUGCAGCGUGGUGUCCCAGGGACUGCUAGGGCUGAGGCGGAAAGGAGACGAGCGAUCGCCCUCAAAGCACUGGAUCAGCGGCUACAUGCAGCCACUGCCAACGCUGCCUCGAGAGCCGCGCCAGUCGAUGGCGCCGCGGGUCCUUCUGCCCAUGUGCCACCGCCAGCGCAGACCAGUGGCCCUACCGUGUCCAAUCAGCCACGAGCUGUGGCUCAGGCUGCGAUGAUCUCGCACGCAGAAGACAAUGGGGGUAUGGAGACGACUUAUACGCCAGAGCGGGAGAUCUCGGGCAAGUCAGAGUCCUGAUCUGACGCCACCCUAUUGUGUUGAUUAUGCACAGUUGUGUAGACAUACUCCGUAGCGUAUAGGGCUUGUUAGGCCCCCGAACUGGCGAGAUAUGGGCUGCGUGGCUUGGGCAGACCAAUUGUUUUAGUGUAUGAUUCCUUGGCGCAUGAAGGCGCAUGGCCCUCCCCAUGUUGGGCAAUUGUUGGAGAAUGUAUGACCACCCUUGAGUUAUUAAACAAUAACGACAUGUGCAAACAAUCUAUUCUUCACUGGUCGGAGCUGUUAAAGCAACUCGUGUUAGGCCUCUGUUGCCACCAUGGGCGUGUAGUUUGGAGGGUCGAUGCUCGCCGGGCAUAGCUGCCGGCUUGGAGUCUGCUUGGAAGAGUUACUGUAUAUUCAACGCGCCAAACUAUUAUAUCAAGGCCUCCGCUCUUUCUCCUGGGUUCUAGCCGACCAUUGUCAUGAUAAGAGAAACAGCUUGGUUGGUCCUCACGUUGGCCAUUUGGAAAUUUGGAAAUUUGGAGGAACCUCGUCACAAUGAGGGCUACGCUCAGGACUGAGAAGGCGAGGGCAGUUGGGCACAUACA